AUGGAUAUAUAGCUUAUACAUACAUGCAUAAGGCGUCCUUUUCUUCUUGUUCCCUUUAUUUUUGUUCAUGCAUGAUAAGGACUGUUGAACUACUCGCAAUGUCUAAUAGAACUGAAACCUAACCUUUCUCAUAUUCCCAACCAAUUCUUUACAUAUGGAGGUUAGGAUUAUCAUAUCUAUUAUACAAUUUUCACAAAUAUAUAUGCUUUGGACAUAUGAUAACAACAAAUGUGAAGUAAACUAUCUAUUAAUUGUCUUCCAUGACAACUUUAGAACAUGUCUAUGCAUGUGCCUUGCUUCACGUCAAUAGUACUAGGCCGUUGAGUACUGCACAAAAAAUGGAGAUUGCAGGCCGUAGGUUUUUUCUAGGUUUAUAUAUAUUAUACCUCAUCAUUAACUAUAUCCGAAUUGAAUUCGGAACGCGUAUUGGUCAGAAUUUUAAACUCGCUGGAUCUGAACGGUUGAACCCUAUAAAAGAAGUCUUCUCUUGACGUUUUGAAAGCUCAAACACACAAGAAAAGAGGGUUCAACAGGAUUCAGGUUGAGGCACUAGCUAUAGACAGCAAAAAUGGCUAGAGAUCUUCGACUUACUCCUCUACUCUUUCCCCUCCUAAUAAUCCUGACCCUUUUCAAAACCUCUCACGCCGGUGGUAUCGCCAUUUACUGGGGUCAAAACGGCAACGAGGGAACACUAUCUGAUACCUGCGCUACGGGGAGAUAUUUAUACGUGAACAUAGCCUUCCUCAACAUAUUCGGCAAUGGCCAAACCCCAGAAAUCAACCUUGCAGGUCACUGCAAUCCAGCAUCCAAUGGUUGCAAUAUAGUUAGUGAUGGCAUUAGAAGUUGCCAAAAGCUUGGAAUCAAGGUGAUGCUUUCCAUCGGAGGGGGAGUCGGAAACUAUUCUCUCGCUUCUUCCAAGGAUGCCAAGAAAGUAGCACGCUUUCUGUGGAAGAACUUCUUGGGUGGUAAAUCAUCAUCACGCCCACUAGGAGAUGCUGUAUUGGAUGGCAUAGACUUCGAUAUAGAGCUUGGCUCUACGCAGUAUUGGCAGGACCUUGCACAGUACCUGAAGAUACACAGCAAGCGACGAAGAAAGGUGUACUUAACUGCAGCUCCCCAGUGUCCAUUUCCCGAUAGAUUUCUUGGCACUGCCCUUAACACAGGUCUUUAUGACUACGUUUGGGUUCAGUUCUAUAACAAUGCUCCAUGCCAAUACAGUUCAGGUAACAUCACCAACCUUGUGAGUUCAUGGAAAAGAUGGAAUAAAAUCAAGGCCGGGAGGAUAUUUUUGGGUUUGCCGGCGGCUCCACAAGCGGCCGGAAGUGGGUAUAUUCCACCAGACGUGCUGACCUCUCAGAUCCUUCCUGUUAUUAGGAAGUCACGGAAGUAUGGAGGCGUGAUGUUUUGGUCAAAGUAUUAUGAUGAUCAGACUGGAUAUAGUUCCGCUAUUUUAAAGAGUGUAUGAAUUAUUAAUUCCAGAUGUUGGAUAUAUCUGGUCAGGGUCAGUACCCUGCCUCCAAAGAGAAAUAAACGAUUAUGUUGUUUGACUUUUCUUCUUGUUUUGUUAUUCUGUCCCAAUGCAUGCCAACGUGAUUUUGUUCUCAUUGAUGGAUAACUGGGAAUAUGUGUGUGUGCAUUGUGCUGGCGGGGUACAAGUUUGCUUUGUUUAAUGGCGCUAGUGGGGCUGGAAU